AUGGGGAUGUUCAUCAAUGUGGAGAUGGGCGACUCCGGCCGCAACAACGAUGCCUUUGUCUUUCAGGAGUCGCACUUCUGCCAAGCUAUGGACAUGGGCAUCUAUCUUACCAAUAACCCCAUGCUAACCAUUGACAGCGUGACCAUCCAUCCCGUGGUACUAGCAGUGGCUAGUCACGCCAUUCCGUAUCCCCACCGAUUCGCAGCAGAGCAAGUUCAACUUGCACCUGUCCUGCGCAAGGAAUGUGGUGGAGUACACCUUCAGCCGCGUGAAGGCGAGGUGGAGAUGCCUCCUGACCUGCUUGUGGAUAUUGAUUUUGCUACACGUAAGAUUGCAAACCACUUGAAACAAAUGAAAGAAAUUAUCCAAGAAGGAGACAAUUUCAGGACAAAAACACUGAGUACUUUCAGGAACUAUGAAGUGAAUUACACCAUAGGGGAAGAAUUUGAAGAGCACACCAAGGGGCUUGACAACCGAGUGGUGAAGACACUAGUGAGCUGGGAUGGUGAUAAACUAGUCUGUACCCAGAAAGGUGAAAAGAAAAAUAGAGGCUGGAAACAUUGGAUUGAAGGAGACAAACUGCAUCUGGAGCUGAUGUGUGAAGACCAGGUGUGCCAUCAAGUAUUUAAGAAGAAAAAAUAAAUUGAUCAGAACCCUGUCCAGCUGCACGCUGUAUAAUUAUGUUGUUUGCUGUGUUAAAUUGAAGAAAAAGCACCUGACACUACUGUAGAUCUGCUGCUUUGUCUUGGAUUUCUUUUUAAAUUAUUUUUAAGGCAAGAAAACAUCUUUAGAAAAGGAAAAAUCCUGAAGCAACAAUUCAAGAA